AUGAGCUCCUCCCUUUCGCUGCUGCGGCGACUGGAUCUGCAGAGAUCCGUAAUCUAUGUGGGCUUUCUGGCCAUCUUCCUGUUCUUUGCGGCUACGCUCUAUGACGAUGGCUUUCUGACCUCGCGCAAUCUGACCAACAUCGUGCUGCAGACCGCACCCGCCACGAUCAUGGCCAUCGGUCUGGUAUUUGCCCUGUCCGCAGGCGAGAUCGAUCUGAGUUUCGGAUCGGUCGUGGCUGUCUCGGCGCUGUCCGCCGCAGUUGCCAUGCAGAGCUUCCCGAUGGCCGUCGGCAUCCUGGCCGGGCUAGGCGCAGGCGCGCUGAUUGGAGCGAUGAACGGCAUUCUGGUUGCCUAUCUUCGCCUGCCUUCGUUUCUGGUCACACUGGCCACGAUGGGCCUGUUUGCCGGCAUUGCACGCUCAAUGACGGAUCUGCGGUCCAUUCCUGUACUUAACGACACAUUCACCGGCAUCUUCGGAUCCGGGAAACUGUUUUCCAUACCCUCGCUCGUCCUCUGGACCAUCGUUGCGGUCGCGAUCGGACACAUCGUCUAUCGCAGCACGCGGUUCGGUGCUCAUGUGCUCGCAACGGGCGACAAUGCCCGGGCCGCGCAGGUCUCCGGGAUCAAGGUGCCCCGGAUCCGCCUGGGUGUAUUGACGCUGUGCGGCACCAUGGCCGGGCUGGCGGGGCUACUCUAUGCCGGUCGCCUCCAGGCCGCAAAAUACACACUCGGCGAGAGCGACCUGAUGACCGUAAUUGCCGCUGUCAUUGUCGGCGGUACGGCCCUGAACGGCGGCAAGGGAUCGAUCAUCGGCGCUUUGCUCGGCUCGCUUCUGAUGGGAAUGCUCAACAACGGACUGAUCCUCAUGGGUCUUGAUGUUUCCGACCAGAUGAUCGUCCGCGGGCUGAUCAUCCUGAUCGCGGUCGCCGUUUCGCUGCGCGACACGAGCCGGUAA